GCGGGGGAGGGAGAAAGAUGCUAGAAGGGAAGUGGGAGGGGAAGAGGUAGAGAAGGGGGAAAAUAAUAAUUGGCCAAAUGGUUACUAUGUAGUCAUCAUGUGCCUUGGCGAUAUCUUCUGAUUGGACUGCUGCCAAGUUCAAGACCACUGACACUCACUCAUUUCAUCAUUCAGCAGCAACAACACACAGAUGAGAAUGGCAGCUGCAAGCUCUCCAUACAGCAGGCCCACUCCCACCAAGCUCAUGUGUGUGAACAAUCGCACAAACCACCGUGCGAAGACCUAUGAGGUCUCCAAAAACAAAACUGAGAUCGGGUCAUUUAAAACGACCACUAUAAGUGCUCUCACCAAUGGUGACAGAGCAUUUAUUGCGGCAGUUGAUGGAGGCACCCCACUUUUUGAGAAGGGGGAGGCCUAUAUUAUAAAAAAUCACACCUUGUCCUUAAAAUUCGGUCGGGAGUGUAUUUUUCUUGGCCCUGGGGCAAAGAAAUUUAAAACAGCACCUUUCACCGUGCCAGAGGCAGCGGAGAAGAAGGCGACGGAUCUCCUCAGUCCUCCAACAGCCCUCGUGACAGGGGAAGAGGACGACCUUUUCACAAGGGGAGGAUUCAUCUCCCUGAAAGGAGAAAUAGAAAAAUUGCAGGUAAUCAGGAUGACACGGGUGACCGAUGGGGAGGUCCCCAUCAGAGACCUGUCUCUGAGGUGUGGCCAGAAGUGCUUCGAGGUCUCCCUCUGGCGUGAUGAGGCCCUUCAUGAGAUGAGUUUGGGAGAUCAGGUUGAGAUUUCACAUCUCAAGGCAACACUCAAACCUGCUGCCAAAUUUAACUCCUCGAGCUAUACAACUGUGGAGAAGGCUGAACUUCAAACUGUCGAGGAGGUGGUCACCAUUGUAGGUGUCUCGGCAGAAGAUGGAGGUGCCAUGGUGCUUCUCUCCGACACCUAUGAUGAGUACAGUGUCCCAGAAGAAAUAUCAAUGGACAUUGGUGCUGAUGAGCUCCCCAUAAUGUUAAAAUUGUCUCACAAUAAAUAUAUUGUGCAACAUAUUGAACUGUUGGGGGAUGCCAUGGAGGGUGAAAUGUUUGAGUAAUUUAGAAUAAUCUUUUUUUGUUGUUGUUGUUGUUGUAGUUUUUGUUGUGUUUCUAUUUUUUUAAUAGUUUCAUUUUUUUUUUUUUAAAGUUUACUCAAGUUCAUGUUAAUUUUAAAUUUACAAUUUACAUAAAUGUUCAGUAUUUUACUUGUUUCAUUUUUUAUUAAAUUAGUCAAGU